AUGCCAACACCACACAAAAAGAAUUUGACACCCAUUGAUGACUAUAAAUUCGAGCUGUCAAAAGAGCUUGAGGAAAUGGCAAAAGAGGAACUGCGUGAAACUGAGGAAAUACGUCAAUAUGCGAUUAAAGCUCUGAGGGAUUUUAUAAUGAAGAAUGAAAAGAUUAUUUUGACUAGAAUGGAUGCAAAGUUCUUAUUAAGAUAUCUGCGAUUCCGUAAAUUCAGUGUUCCUAUGGCUGAGGAAGCAAUUGAGAGGCUUUUAGCAUUAAAAGUGGGUUCUUAUGGUAAUAAUUGGAUGAAUAAUUUAAACAUAGAAAAGCCAUCAGUUCUUAAACUACUUGAAGCCGGCUUUAUAUUUAUACUACCGGAACGAGACUACAUGGGAAGAUUAAUUAUAUUUUAUAGACCAGGCGUAUCAAAUGCUAAAAGUCCAACAGUUGGAUAUGACAUCCUUAUAUUGACUACAUUAGUUUACGAAUAUUUACUUGAAGAUGAAGAGAAUCAAAUUCGAGGUGUCGUACACAUUGGCGAUGCCAAAAAUGUCGGAAUGUCGCACUUUACAAUCUUUUCGCCUCAAUUUAUGUGCCGAGUUGGAAAGAACACUGAGAAAACCCUACCGAUGAGACACAAAGCUUUCCACAUAGUCAACGUGCAUAGGUCAAUUAAUUUCAUUAGUGAUGCAAUUUUAAGUCGCAUGGGUGAGAAACUGAAGAAACGAGUACAUUUCUAUUCAAGUUUCAAUGAGUUUAAAGCAAUCGAUCGAUCAAUGCUGCCUAAGGAGUAUGGAGGAACAGUUUCAAUGUCCAAAAUGAUUGAUGAUAUGAAGCAGAGAUUAAUGAGGAACCAUCAGAAUGGUCUCCUUUAUAAUCAAAUGCGAGCAAAUCCGGAACAAUAUCCACGUGCUGUUUUGGAAGGGUCUGUAAAGUCACUACAUUACGCACUGAAUUCAACUGAAAUUUUUGAGAAAUUUAAUGACGACAUUUAUGGACUACAAGGAAGCUUCAGGAAAUUGGAAAUAGAUUAA